CGGGGCUUUUCGUCCAGCAUUGCUUGCCCGGACACCGGGUAAACUCAGCUGUUAUCUGCCUCGAUAUUAGAAAUGGCAGGAAACAAGUCUUACACUAUAGUAGAAUAUUUCGGCGGGGAUGAUGGUUACCGGUGUGGUUACUGUAAAAAUGAAAAGGGAAACUUUUCUCAUGGGAUGUGGUCUCACACCAUGACAGUACAAGACUACCAAGACCUCAUAGAUCGAGGGUGGAGGAGAAGUGGGAAAUAUGUCUAUAAGCCUAUAAUGAACAAGACCUGCUGUCCACAGUAUACCAUCAGAUGUCAUGCACUGAAAUUCCAGCCUUCCAAAUCCCACAAGAAGAUCCUGAAGAAGAUGAGCAAAUUCAUUUCCAAAGGGGAAUUACCAACAGGACAGGAGGAUGGGGAGCCAAUGGACUCUGUGUGUGAAGAAGCAGGUCCACGGGAACCGAGUAAAGUCUGUCCUGCAGAAGUGAAGUGUGCUGCUCCCACCGACAUUCAGAAGGAGGUGGCAGAGUGUUCUGCUAUCAGAGAAGUUCAGAAGGAGGUGGCGGAAGCUGCAUCUACAGGCUCGGAAACAUCAAGAACGGAUCCAGUGUCUGUCCCAGAUGGAAGAAGAACAGCCACAGCCCCAAAACCAGGGAUGGGUGCUGAUCCUAGCCGGCCGCCAUGUCGGAAGGCCAAAGACUUGAGGAAAGAGCGACAUCUUCAGAAGGAGCAGAUGAGACAACACGCUGAUGGGAUCUCUUCCAUUGUCUCUCCUACCCCACCCCCUCCCACUCAGACCAACCAACCCAAAAACCUGGAAGAUUUCAUCAGUGAGUCAUUGCCUGAAAACUCGUCUCAUUGCCUUGAGGUGAGGCUAGUGCGCUCCAAUCCCCCUAGCCCGCAGUUCAAAGCCUCUUUCGACGCCUCCUACCAGGUGUACAAACUCUACCAGAUGGCCAUUCACAAGGACCCUCCUGACAAACCUUCCGAGAGCCAGGUGAGGCUAGUGCCGGUCAGCUUUGAAGACCCUCAGUUCACAGCGUCCUAUCAGCAGUCGGUGGCACUGUACUCCCGCUACCAGAUGGCCAUUCACGGUGAUGACCCCAGCGAAUGUAGUGAGAGUGAGUUCCGGAGAUUUCUUUGUGAUUCACCACUAGAGGCGGAAUAUUCUCCAGAUGGGCCAGAGGUGGGCUACGGCUCCUUCCAUCAGCAGUACUGGCUGGAUGGACGCAUCGUGGCUGUGGGGGUGAUCGAUAUCUUGCCCACCUGUGUUUCCUCUGUCUACCUGUACUACCACCCAGACUUUGCCUCUCUGUCUCUGGGUUCCUACUCUGCUCUCAGGGAGAUCGCUUUCACCAGGCAGCUGCAGAAACAGUCCCCCAAGCUGUCCUACUACUACCUGGGCUUUUACAUUCACUCCUGUCCCAAGAUGCGGUAUAAGGGACAGUACCGGCCUUCAGACCUCUUAUGCCCAGAGACCUAUGUCUGGGUACCAAUAGAGCGAUGCCUACCGCAGCUGGAGAACUCCCGCUACGCUCGUUUCAACCAGGAUCCCGAUGCAGGAGAUGCUCGGGCGCUGAAGGAUGUGGGCAGAGCGCUGGUGCUAUACAGACGGACCGUCAUGCCCUACGGCGCCUACUCCCGCAAACGCAAGGGCUCCAGCGACGAGACGGAGGUGCAGCAGUACGCCGGCUUGGUUGGCCAGGACUGCGCUGAAAGGAUCUUGCUCUACCGCGCCUAAACAUACAGUAUCACACCACUGCACCCUUUUUAAUAUACAUGAAUACACACCUCCCAGCGAAGUCUGUCUCUUUCUGUUUCUGUAUGUCUGUGUGUCCUCCUCACUGUCUGUGAAAGUGCUUUCUGCUGCCCCUGUAGUCUCACCACGCUCCACUCUACAGCAGUAGCCAUCUGCUUCAUGUACAAGACCAUUCACUCACGGACCCCACACAUCAGUGAUGUCUCGUCUACAUUUGUUUUGAGUUGCAGUUUGACCAGCAUCCAUUCUUUGAUUUGUCUCUAUAUAGGGACCAGGGACCCUUGGGUGUGUGUUAUUUUAAUAUCGUGCGUUCAUCACUUCAGCUUUUUGGCACCUUCCUCUUUCCUGUAUGCUUAAGUGAUGAUGUUGUAAAGGAGCAUUUAGCCACACACUUGUGACAGCUGUCUUCUGAACUGACACAGGUUUGGAUUUAUGUCAGCAUUGCCACUUGCAGAGCAUGUUCUCCUUUGAAAUUGUGAUUUUCAAAGUGGUUUUCAGUUGCUUUCAUUGCAUCCCAGAACUUAAAGCUGACUGUUUUCAAUGUUUUUGUCUGUUAUAUUUAUAGCUUUAUUUGCUUUUCUUUUAAUAUUGACGCUGUUAUUUUUGGUUAAACCAAAUAAAGGGGUUGUAUAUUC